AUGGGUCACGUGGCGCAAUCCAUGGCUUCCGGUGGUCAUCCUGAGGGAGCGGCGCUGGUCACCAGACAUGACCAGCUGGCUGGCAGUCUGGCUAGGCUGCAGAGACUGGCAGCGAGCAGGCAGGCCGCGCUCAUGGAGAGUGUGUGCAGACUUGAAUAUCUGGCUGAGAGCGCUGAGCUGGAGGAAUGGGUUGCGGAGCAGCAAGCAGCCGCCUCCAGUGAAGACUACGGACAGGACUAUGAACACUUACUGAUCCUUAGGUACAAGUUCGAAGAGCUCCGUCACCGUGUAGAGAGUGGGGCAGAGAGGUUCAACCAGUGUGAGGAGCUGGCCAAGAAGCUGGUCGCCUCAGACAGCCCAUACAUCGCUGACAUUGAAAAGAGACAGGAAGGGCUCGGGGAGUCCUGGGAGCGUAUGGUAGAACAGAUCCAAUCCCGCAGCCAGCGCCUGGCUGCUGCUGGCGAGAUCCACCGCUUCCACCGCGACGCCGGGGACCUGCUGGCGCGGGCCGGGGAGCGCCGGGCACACCUCGCCCCGCCCCCCACGCCCCGCGACCUGCGCGCCGCCACCGCCCUCUUGAGGGACCACGACGCAGCCGAGAACGAUAUGGUCUCUAUAGACGCGCAGACUUGA